UUCUAAACUUGGAUAGAAUGCUAAUGAAUUUUAUUUCUUUGGGAAUUGCAGAUGUUUGAUUAGUGAUUUUUAUUGUUUUAGAGAAGCUUUGAACUUUUUGUACUACUAGAAAUACUGCAGUCUAAAAGCAUGUAUGACUAGGUCAAAAGAAGAGGAAAUUUAUUUCAGCAAUAAAGACUUCUGUUGCAUCUACGGCAUCUUCCAACAGCUGGCAUAACUCUACAGGACAUGCUGUCAUGGCUCAUUUGCCUCAAGGUGGUGAUAAUGAUAUAGAUGACCAGGCAGUGCUUCGGAUUCCUGAUGAAGUCGAGCUUGGACCGAUUAUUACAGCAUUGAAACUUGGGACAUCAAUGACACGAUUUACAUCAAGAAAAAAAGCUAAGGCAGAACAGAAAACUUUUCAGUUGAAUCUAGAAGAAUUUAAGAUCUCCUGGUUUAGAUCUGGGACUGGUAGAGAAGAAGGAAAAAUUUUAAUUGAAGAAAUUAAAGAAGUCCGCCAGGGCUGUGCCUCCAGAGAUUUUUCGAAUGUCCUUCGCCGCAUUGAUGAUCCAAAUUGUUGUAUUGUAAUAGUGUAUGGUAACAACUUUAAACUGAAAACACUGUCUUGUUUAGCACAAAAUCCAAGUGAAAGAGAUUACUGGGUAAAAGGAUUAAUUUAUUUGAAAUAUAGAAAUCAGUUUGUCCCUCCACUGGCAUUAACACACAGGUGGCUAUGUCGAGAAUGGUCAGCAUUACCAAAGAACAGCCAACAAAAGCUAUCCAUGAGAGAAUAUAAAAUAUUUUUGCAACGAGCGAAUGUUAAAUUAUCUAAUAAUAAAGUUAGAGACACUUACCAGAGAAUUGUCAAUGGAGGAACUCCUGGCAUUGAUGCAACUGCAUUUUGCAAAGCAUACGAAGUUUUACUAUUUCAACCAACUAUCGCUGAACGAUAUGAGGAUUACUUCCACAAAACAGAUGAGGGAAUGUUCAUGACACUUAGUGAUUUUCAGAGGUUUCUUGUUGAAGAACAAAGAGAUUUUAAAGCUUCCAAUAAUUUUAAAUAUGUCCGUGAUGUUAUGACUCAAUGCAUUCCAGAUGAAAGUAUAUUUAAUGGAUCUGAACCCUGCUAUGAUAUGCCACAAUUUCUGACGUUUUUGUUCAGUCCUCCCAAUAGCGUUUUUAAUGAAGAUCAUAACAACGUGUAUCAAGACAUGUCAAAACCAUUAUCAUGGUACUGGAUUGCUUCUUCACAUAACACUUAUUUAACUGGUGACCAGCUUCAGAGUGAAUCUUCAGUUGAAGCAUACAUUAGAUGUUUACGAUUAGGAUGCAGGUGUAUAGAAUUGGAUUGUUGGGAUGGUCCUACAGAACCUAUCAUUUACCAUGGAUUAACCCUUACAACUAAAAUAAAGUUGGUUGAUGUUGUGAAAGUCAUUGCAAAUCAUGCAUUUGCUGAAACAGACUUUCCACUCAUUCUGUCACUAGAAAAUCAUUGCACAGUACCUCAGCAAAGGAUAAUGGCAGAUCUGUUUAAAAGAUAUCUUGGAAAGUACCUAGUCACAGAGUUCAUUGAUAGCAACGAAAGCCAGCUACCAUCACCUACAGCGUUAAAGCAAAAAAUCAUCUUAAAAUAUAAAAGACUUGAAAAAAAUGAUGACACAUUCAGAGGAUCCUUCAACAGUAGAGAUUCUUUAAUCGAUGACAACUUACUUUCAAACGCUAUUAAGACUGGGCUUGUUUACAUGGAAGACGAUGAACGGAGAUGGAAUAGACAUUUGUUUGUGUUAACAUCACGAGGGAUUUCGUAUUCAUAUGAACAUGAAAUAAAUGAAGAUGAAGAUGAAGAAGAUGAAGAUGAUAGUUCUGAUAAGAAGCCGGGAAAUGAAGAUGAAUUACAUUUUGCAGAAAAGUGGUUCCAUCGCAACAUUUCUCGCCAAGGUGCUGAAAGGCUACUGAAUGAAUAUCAAAAAGGAGACGGCUCCUUUCUUGUUCGUCCCAGUAAUAUGUUUGUUGGUGAUUUUUCCCUCUCUUUCUGGAGGAGGAACAAAGUUCAACAUUGUCUCAUUAAAUCAAGAACUGCCAACGAUGGAACAACAAAAUACUUUUUAGUCGGUCAAAAAAGUUUCGACAAUUUGUAUAGUUUGAUUAAUUAUUACCAAUUAAAUCCGUUGAAAUCAGAACAAUUCAAAAUGACGUUGACAGAACCCGUUCCACAGCCAUAUGCACAUGUAGGAAAAGAUUGGUAUCACGAGAAUCUGACGCGACAACAAGCUGAAGACAUGUUGAGAAGGAUGCGUAAAGAUGGUUACUUUUUAGUCCGCAAGAGGAUGCAAGACAGUGAAGCUGACUCAGAAUCAUAUGCCAUCUCUUUCAGAACUGCUGGUUCGAUCAAACAUUGCGUUAUCAAGAAAGAAGGCCGUCUUUUCAUGAUUGGUUUAGCACCAUUUGAAAGUUUACUGGAAUUGAUAAAUCAUUACGAAAAAUAUCCAUUAUACAGAAAAACGAAAUUAAAAUAUUCAUGCAAUCAAAGUGUUGUUCAAGAAUUUGGUAUUAGUCCAGAUGGAGAAGAGGAAGGUCCAGAGGAAUUUUAUACGACACCUAACAUGACUACUCCAAGGCCUGCGUGUCUUGCUAAGUAUGAUUACAGAGGACGAAAACCAGACGAGUUAACUUUUCUCAAAGGCGCUCUUAUUGUGAACAUUGUGAAGUAUGAUGGAGGCUGGUGGCAGGGAGAUUACAACGGCCAAGUACAAAAAUGGUUUCCAGUCAAUUUUACAGAAGAAACAAUACAAAAACCAAAAGAAGAAAUAGCUGAGGAGCAGAAACCAGCAGAAGGUGCAUUAGAUUCACUGCAAAAAGGAGCUAUCGAUUUGACCGGCUGUCAACCUCAAAUACUUCCAUCGCAACCUACACGUCAGUACAUGUUCAGACUGAACACGAGAAGCGGUGUAUUUAACUGUGCAGUGGAUACUGAACAGGAGAUGGUUGAGUGGUUGACAUGCAUACAGGAUGCGUCGACACAAGCUGAGCACGCUGUAAAUAAAAUUCGAGCUUUAGUUGAACAGAAAAACAUAGCAAAAGAACUGUCUGAUUUGGUGGUUUAUUGUGUCACUGUUCCGUUUACAGACGAUACGUUUGAAAAUGGCAAGUAUUUCGAGAUGUCUUCGUUUCCUGAAUUAAAGUUGGAAAAAGUGGUGAGCAGAAAGAGUUAUGAUUUACGCUUCUUAAAGUAUCACCAACGUCAAAUCAGUCGCGUCUAUCCGAAAGGUACGCGAGUAGACUCUUCAAACUACGACCCUGUCCCUUUUUGGAAUUUCGGCGUACAGUUGUGUGCGUUGAACUAUCAAACGUCGGAUAAGUCCAUGCAAAUUGAAAGAGGAAAGUUUCUGGAUAAUGGCAGAUGCGGUUACUUGUUGCAGCCCGAUUUUUUCCGUGAUCCGAAGUUCGAUCCGUUUGAUAAAAAUUCAAUAAGCGGUACAGUGGAACCGUUAAAUAUUCGAAUUACGAUUGUAGCAGCAAGACACUUACCAAAGACAGGGCGCGGUAUAACAUCUCCGUUUGUUGAAGUCGAGGUUGUCGGCUUGACAUAUGAUUAUGGUUUGUACAGAACGAAAGUGAAAUCUGACAAUGGUUUCUUUCCAACGUGGUUUGAUACAUUUGAUUUCGAUGUAAUCUGUCCGCCACUAGCUCUCAUACGUUUCACAGUAUAUGACGAAGACAUGUUUGGUGAUCCGAACUUUGUGGCUCAAGCCUGCUAUCCGGUAUCCAGCCUACGCCCCGGCCAUCGCUCGGUUCCAUUAAAGAAUGCUCACAGUGAAGAGAUACCUUUGUGUGCGCUUCUCAUUGAACUAAGAAUGCAAAAUGCUCAGGAUGACGAGGAGUACGCCUCCAUCGCAGAGCUUCGUGAUAAAAUGCAAGUACUUAUGGAUAGGCAAGAUUCCGUUCAAUCGCAGGACGAGGAGGAGACGCAGAUUCAACUUCAACGCUAUCAAGAGCAGCUCAGUAGGCUUACUGACGAGCGGGAAACAAGACAUCAAGAAGCCGACAAAAGAUCUGGUCGAAAAUGGGAUGAAGAAUAAUUUAUUUGCACGCUUAAUGAUCACUCUCACCUUUCAUUGGCAGUUGCUACUAACAACACUGAUCGGGUUGGAAAAAACCAAUGCCUGUUGCUGAGCCAGUUAUUUUAUCUACACGUAACAAUGAAAAAUAAAGAAAACAUACAAAUAUUUUUUAGAGUGUGAACCAAAAUUUCUUUCUUACUUUGGGUAGUUUUUUCAAAAACGCAUGAUACUUUCCUUACCGCAAUUUCUGUUCCCGUUGCCGUUACGUUGUAUUAUUACUGCGGAUUUCAAUUGUUACGUUGUAUUAUUACUGCGGAUUUCAAUUGUUACGUUGUAUUAUUACUGCGGAUUUCAAUUGUUACGUUGUAUUAUUACUGCGGAUUUCAAUUGUUACGUUGUAUUAUUACUGCGGAUUUCAAUUGUUACGUUGUAUUAUUACUGCGGAUUUCAAUUGUUACGUUGUAUUAUUACUGCGGAUUUCAAUUGUUACGUUGUAUUAUUACUGCAGAUUUCAAUUGUUACGUUGUAUUAUUACUGCGGAUUUCAAUUGUUACGGGCGUUUUAGCAUAUAUUGCACAAAUAUACCGUAAGUUCAACCUGCAAAUAAUAAUUUUUGUAUAUAUCAAUUGACAUUCUGAUUAUAAUAAUUUCAGAUUCUGUUUUUAUUUACCUGUUGGAUUAUAAUAAUAUUUCGCACAACAUUCAAUUAUUUCACGCAAGACAGUCUUCAAAACGAAUUUUUUUUAAAAAAAGAAAGCUGUUUGUAUUUCACUUUGGGAUUUACAGAAAUUCUUUCAACCAAUUCUUCUAGUCAUUUGAUAUCAUUUGAAUUACGUGCAUUAGAAAUUAUCCAUUUUUCUCUCUGUUUUUAACUCAGUUGGUCUGUGUAGUGCCAUAGGAGUGCCAUUCCCCUCCCCGAAAUAAUUUAACUGGUGGUUAUUUUUCUAGCAAGUCGAGUUAGAAUCAAGAGAAGACAGAAUACGAUAAAGUGUCUAAACACAUCCAAUUCGUUAUCCUCACCCUUGGAUUCUUUUUGUGAAAAUCAUAAAAAUUUUUCGUAAUAUUAUAUUUUUGUCCCCCCUAAACAAAAAAGUUUAUUAGAUAAGUUUUGGCUACCUGCGGCGCUGCUGUAAAAGAUCUCCUGUUCAGUUGUAUUUUUUUGGAUUAAAACUUAAAAUUAUUUUUAUAUUAUUAGGAGUAUUUUGUUUCGUGUAAACAAUGCCAAAGGUAUAUUCCUUGUGGUGUGAACAGCACCAUAACUCGUUUGUAAGAAUAUAUAAAUGUUGACUCCUUUAAAACUGUC